UGAUGCACAGCAUCAAAACAUAAGCAUGCCUUUUGACUUUGUGAGAAGUGGGAACUGAGAAGGGAUUGGAGAUCAAUGGCAGAAGCUCAUAAUAUCAGUAACAGAGGACCAAGAUGGUCUCUCAAUGGAAUGACAGCCCUUGUCACUGGUGGCACACGUGGAAUUGGGCAUGCCAUUGUGAAUGAUCUAGCUGCGUUUGGCGCUGCUGUGCACACUUGUUCCAGGACAGAAUCAGAGCUGACCAAGUGUUUGCAAGAAUGGCAAAGUCAAGGCUUUUUGGCUACUGGGUCAGUCUGUGAUGUGUCCUCUAGGCCUCAGAGAGAGAAGCUCAUGCAGGAAGUGGCCUCCACCUUCAAUGGCAAGCUCAAAAUCUUUAUAAACAAUGUAGGAACAAACUUUAGAAAGCCAACAGUUGAGUACACUGCUGAAGAAUAUUCAGAGCUGAUGACUGUUAAUUUAGACUCUGCAUUCCAUCUGUGCCAACUUGCCCAUCCUCUUCUAAAAGCAUCUGGGGUGGGCAGCAUCGUGUUCAUUUCAUCUGUUGCAGGAGUGGUGAGCUUGGGUACUGGAUCUGUCUAUGCAGCAUGUAAAGCUGCAAUUAAUCAGCUUACAAAGAAUCUGGCUUGUGAAUGGGCAAAAGACAACAUAAGGAGCAAUUGUGUUGUGCCAUGGGCAACCAGAACCCCACUUGUAGAACAUUUGUUUCAAAACCAAAAGUUUGUGGAUGAUAUCAUGUCUCGAACCCCUCUUAAGCGCAUUGCAGAACCCGAAGAAGUGUCAUCGUUGGUGGCUUUCCUUUGUUUGCCUGCUGCGUCUUACAUCACUGGACAGGUUAUUUGUGUUGAUGGAGGACUAACAGUGUAUGGAUUUCAACCCAGCAUGAGAAUCACCUGAAAUUCUGUAUUUGUUAGUCUAAGUGGAAUAAAUUAUUCUCAUUUUGUUUCAACUCUGCUGGUAGCUGUAUCAGUAUGUGACAAACCUUGAUCUGCAAUUAUGUUUUCUUUUUCUUUUGAUAUGAGAAUGGUUUGUUGUAGUUAACUCAUGAAGUGUUUAUUCUUGAACUGCUUGUUCUUUUUA